GUGAAAAGCCGUCGAUUGCAUUGGGGCAUCAUUUAGUUGGCUUACGGCAGCGGUACGUGCUGCAUGCGUGCGGUCGGUUCGAAAUUCCAAAUAAAUAUCUCCUUCAAAUCAGUCAUUUAUAUAAGAGGAAAAGUGUUCGGCUCUUAAAAAGCAAAGGAAUAUUCAUUGAACGUUCAGAAAAGCCAACUAGGUCAGGAUGUAUUUACCGUACUCGCAAUUGCCGGAUCCAACGGAUAAAUUUGAGAUCUACGAGGAGAUAGCCCAAGGCGUUAAUGCUAAGGUUUUCCGAGCCAAGGAGCUGGAAAAUGAUCGAAUCGUGGCCCUGAAGAUUCAGCACUACGAUGAGGAGCACCAGGUGUCGAUCGAGGAGGAGUAUCGCACUCUGCGGGACUACUGCGACCAUCCCAAUCUGCCUGAAUUCUAUGGGGUGUACAAGCUAUCGAAGCCAAACGGACCCGACGAGAUCUGGUUUGUCAUGGAGCACUGCGCUGGAGGAACUGCAGUCGACAUGGUGAAUAAACUACUGAAACUGGAUCGUCGGAUGCGAGAGGAGCACAUUGCGUAUAUCAUUCGGGAGACUUGCCGUGCGGCUAUCGAACUGAAUCGUAAUCAUGUCCUGCAUCGGGACAUUAGGGGCGAUAACAUCUUGUUGACCAAAAAUGGACGCGUAAAGCUCUGCGAUUUUGGUUUGUCCCGUCAGGUGGACUCCACCAUGGGAAAGAGGGGCACCUGUAUUGGCUCGCCAUGUUGGAUGGCUCCCGAGGUGGUGGCCGCCAUGGAAUCCCGGGAUCCCGAUAUCACCGUUCGUGCCGAUGUCUGGGCUUUGGGUAUCACCACCAUUGAGCUGGCUGAUGGAAAACCGCCAUUUGCGGACAUGCAUCCCACUAGGGCAAUGUUCCAGAUAAUUCGGAAUCCACCGCCGACUUUAAUGCGACCCACUAAUUGGUCGCAGCAGAUCAAUGAUUUUAUCUCCGAAACUCUGGAGAAGAAUGCCGAGAAUAGACCCAUGAUGGUUGAGAUGGUGGAGCAUCCAUUUCUCACGGAACUUAUCGAAAACGAGGAUGAGAUGCGUUCCGACAUCUCCGAGAUGCUGGAACUCUCUAAGGACGUUAAGACUCUCUAUAAGGAGCCGGAAUUGUUCGUGGAUCGAGGCUAUGUCAAGAGGUUCGAUGAGAAGCCGGAGAGGAUGUACCCGGAGGAUUUGGCCGCCUUGGAAAAUCCAGUGGAUGAGAGCAUUAUCGAAUCACUGCGUCAUCGCAUUAUAAUGGGAGGAUCGUAUAGUUUUAUUGGCGAUAUCUUAUUGUCCUUGAAUUCCAAUGAAAUCAAAGAUGAAUUCCCACCGGAGUUCCAUGCCAAGUACCGUUUCAAGUCGCGUUCGGAGAAUCAGCCGCAUAUUUUCUCGGUGGCGGAUAUUGCCUACCAGGAUAUGCUGCACCACAAGGAACCGCAGCACAUUGUGCUCUCUGGCGAAAGUUAUUCGGGAAAGUCCACCAAUGCCCGUUUGCUGAUCAAACACUUGUGCUAUUUGGGCUCUGGAAAUCGAGGGGCCACUGGACGUGUCGAGAGCUCCAUUAACGCCAUUCUGAUGUUGGUGAACGCGGGAACACCGGUGAACAACGACUCAACCAGAUGUGUUCUACAAUAUUGCUUGACAUUCGGUAAAACUGGGAAGAUGAGUGGAGCUGUAUUCAAUAUGUAUAUGCUGGAAAAAUUACGAGUGGCCACCACGGAUGGCACCCAGCACAAUUUCCAUAUUUUCUACUAUUUCUACGAUUUUAUUAAUCAGCAGAAUCAGCUCAAGGAAUAUAAUCUUAAAGCUGAUCGCAAUUAUCGUUAUCUGCGAGUUCCACCAGAAGUUCUACCUUCAAAACUGAAAUAUCGACGUGAUGAUCCUGAGGGAAAUGUGGAGAAAUACAAAGAAUUUGAGAACAUCCUGAGGGAUAUCGAUUUUAAUCACAAACAACUGGAGACCGUUCGCAAAGUUCUGUCUGCCAUUUUGAAUAUCGGCAACAUCCGUUUCCGGCAGAAUGGAAAGUUCGCGGAAGUAGAGAACACCGACAUUGUGUCCCGGAUUGCAGAGCUUUUGCGGGUGGACGAGAAGAAAUUUAUGUGGUCCCUGAAAUUUAUUAUGGUCAAGGGAGGAAUUGCUGAGAGGCGGCAAUAUACUUCAGAAGAAGCCAGAGAUGCCCGCGAUGCGGUGGCCAGCACCCUUUACUCCAGAUUGGUAGACUUUAUCAUCAACAGGAUCAAUAUGAACAUGUCCUUCCCACGGGCUGUUUUUGGUGACACCAAUGCCAUUAUAAUUCACGACAUGUUUGGCUUUGAGUGCUUUAAUCGAAAUGGUCUCGAGCAACUGAUGAUAAACACUUUAAAUGAACAGAUGCAGUAUCACUACAACCAGCGCAUCUUUAUUAGUGAAAUGCUGGAAAUGGAGGCUGAGGAUAUUGACACCGUUAACUUGAAUUUCUAUGACAACAAAACCGCUCUGGACAAUUUGCUAACCAAACCGGAUGGCUUAUUCUACAUCAUUGAUGAUGCCUCACGUUCCUGUCAAGAUCAGGAUUUGAUAAUGGAUCGCGUUUCGGAGAAGCACAGCCAGUUUGUGAAGAAGCACACUGCCACUGAGAUAUCCGUGGCUCAUUACACGGGACGCAUAAUUUACGAUACGCGCGCCUUCACCGACAUUAACCGGGAUUUCGUACCGCCGGAAAUGAUCGAGACUUUCCGCUCCUCGCUGGAUGAGAGCAUCAUGGCCAUGUUCACCAAUCAACUGACCAAAGCUGGCAAUCUCACGAUGCCCUUCGAGGCGGUUCAGCAUAAGGACGAAACCGAACGGAGGUCCUAUGCCUUAAAUACCUUGAGUGCCGGUUGCAUCUCCCAGGUGAACAAUCUCCGCACUUUGGCGGCCAACUUCCGCUUCACCUGCCUGACCCUGCUCAAAAUGCUAAGCCAGAAUGCGAAUCUCGGCGUGCACUUUGUCCGCUGCAUUCGCGCUGAUCUGGAGUACAAGCCCAGAGCUUUCCACUCGGAUGUGGUCCAGCAACAGAUGAAGGCCUUGGGAGUCCUGGACACCGUAAUCGCACGGCAGAAGGGCUUCAGCUCACGUUUGCCCUUCGAGGAAUUCCUAAGAAGAUAUCAAUUCCUGGCCUUUGACUUUGAUGAGCCUGUGGAAAUGACCAAGGAUAAUUGUCGUCUUUUGUUUUUGCGUCUCAAGAUGGAAGGUUGGGCUUUGGGCAAGACUAAGGUGUUUUUGCGGUACUAUAAUGAUGAGUUCUUGUCCAGAUUAUACGAGCUGCAGGUUAAGAAGGUAAUCAAGGUGCAAUCAAUGAUGCGCGCUUUGCUAGCACGAAAACGCGUCAAGGGCGGAAAAGUGUUCAAAAUGGGCAAAAAGGGACAGGAGCAUCAAGAUGUGGCCGCUUGCAAAAUACAAAAAGCCUUUAGGGGAUUCCGCGACCGGGUGCGUCUUCCUCCGCUGGUCAACGAGAAGUCCGGCCAGUUAAAUGAGAACACCGCCGACUUUAUCCGCCCGUUUGCCAAGAAGUGGCGCGAGAAGUCCAUAUUCCAGGUCCUUUUGCACUACAGGGCUGCUCGCUUCCAGGACUUUGUCAAUCUGUCACAGCAGGUGCACAUUUACAACCAAAGAAUGGUGGCUGGAUUGAAUAAAUGCACCAGGGCAGUGCCCUUCGAGAGGAUCAACAUGCGGGAGGUGAACUCCUCGCAGCUGGGACCACUGCCAGUGCCCAUCAAGAAGAUGCCUUUUAGGCUGGACCAGAUUCCCUUCUACGACACCCAGUACAUGGUGGAUCCGGCCAACUCUAUAUCCCGCCAGACGUUCCCCAAUCAGCUGCUCACCCAGCACAUGGAGGAUGAUGAGCCCUGGGAUAGUCCACUGCAACGCAAUCCCUCGAUGACUUCUUGUGCCCUGACUUACAAUGCAUACAAAAAGGAGCAGGCUUGCCAGACCAACUGGGAUCGCAUGGGCGAGAGCGAUAAUAUCUACAAUCAGGGCUACUUCCGAGAUCCCCAGCAGCUGAGAAGAAAUCAAAUGCAGAUGAACAUGAAUGCCUACAACAAUGCCUACAACAGCUAUAGCACCAACUAUAACAGCAGCGGCAACCAGAACUGGGGUGUCCAUAGGUCCGGAUCCAGACGCAACUCCUUGAAAGGCUAUGCGGCGCCUGCACCUCCUCCUCCUCCAAUGCCAUCGUCCAACUAUUAUCGCAAUAAUCCCAACCAGCAACAGCGCAACUAUCAGCAAAGAUCCUCGUAUCCACCAUCGGAUCCAGUAAGGGAACUACAGAACAUGGCUCGCAACGAGGGAGAUAACUCUGAGGAUCCACCAUUUAACUUCAAGGCCAUGCUGCGUAAGACAAACUAUCCAAGGGGAUCCGAGACCAGCACCUAUGACUUCAACAAUCGUCGGGAAUCGGAUAGUGGUCAGCAACACACAUUCCAGGCGCCCAAGCUACGAUCAACAGGUCGUCGAUUCCAAGAGGAUGAGGGUUAUAACUCGUCGUCGGGAAACUAUGGAGUGUCUAGGAACUUUGGCCAGCAGCAGAGGGCUCCCACACUGAGGCAAGCACCUGCCAGCGUGGGUCGCAGCUUUGAAGACAGCAAUGCCAGGUCCUUCGAGGAGGCAGGAUCCUAUGUGGAGGAGGAGAUUGCACCGGGGGUGACACUAUCCGGCUAUGCCGUCGAUAUCUAAAGUUAGUUGAUAAGAGUAUAGGGACUACUGUUAAAUGUUAUACAAACAAUGAUACAAUAAUUGAAAGUCAAACCCACCUGAAAUUCUAAAACAUUGUCACACACUAUAAAGUUUUGCUCUCUGCUUUCAUGCAAAGGAAAUAAUAAAAUAUUUGC